AUGUAUGAAUACUUCCAAUUAGAGACCGAAAUGAAUUUCAGAUUCUUAGUGAGGCAUAAUAUACUAAGAAAAGAAUCUUAUUUGCCGUCAGAAACAGAAAAAGAAAAAAGAAAAUUAUAUUACAUUGCUAGAACAAGCGAAUUUACAAAUCUUAUAUAUGAACUAGAUAAUUUGAGUCAGAAUAUAGAUAGAUGCUACCAAAAUGUCAGAUUUUUAAUUCAAGAUCAACUAGGGUUUCGAAUAUUCUGUAAAAAACAUUAUGGUGGCAGAGCUACUGAAGAGGCAACUGCUGCUUGGGCAAAAAUGGAAACAAAAGAAAAAUCUGCUUAUCUUGACGAAGAAUUAAAGAAAAAGGCAAAAGAAUUAAAUUUGUGA